CCUGUCUUCCAGCCUCAGAGCCAGCGCCAACUGUGCUGCAGAGAUGAAGCUGCCCUGGCCAGGGCUAUGGCUGAAGAGGCUCUGGGUGCUCGUGCAGGUGGCCAUGGAGGUAGCCAUGGGCAAAGUGUUAAUGAUACUGUUUCCAGAGAGAAUCAAGAAGAACAUCCUGGCCAUGGGCGAGAAGACUGGGAUGACCAGGAACCCCCGUUUCAGCCACGACAACUGGAUCCCGACCUUCUUUAGCACCCAGUAUUUCUGGUUUGUCCUGAAGGUCCGUUGGCAGCGGCUGGAGGAGACUGCUGAGCUGGGGAGUCUGGCCCCAGACUGCCCGGUGAUCUGCCUCUCAGGAGAGAAGCGCACCAUCUGGAACUUCAUGCACAGCAACAGGCCACUGGUGCUGAAUUUUGGAAGUUGCACUUGACCUUCAUUUAUGUUCAAAUUUGACCAAUUCAAGAGACUUAUAGAAGACUUUCAUCCCAUGGCAGAUUUUCUCAUCAUUUACAUUGAAGAAGCCCAUGCCUCAGAUGGCUGGGCUUUUAAGAACAAUGUAGACAUCAGACAGCACCGGAACCUCCAGGACCGCAUGCGGGCAGCCCACCUGCUGCUGACCAAGAGUCCUCAGUGCCCUGUGGUGGUGGACACCAUGCAGAACCAGAGCACUCAGCUAUAUGCAGCCCUACCUGAGAGGCUCUAUGUACUCCAAGAAGGCAGGAUCCUUUAUAAGGGUAAACCUGGUCCUUGGAACUACAAUCCUGAGGAAGUUCGUGCUGUUCUGGAAAAGCUCUGCAUUUAAUCUGCACAGAUCCCUCAGCUGUAGGUGACCAGCAGGAGAGCUACUUCCAGCUCAGCUCUCUCCCCAGCAUAGCUGAUGCCAGAUGAACCACUAGUUAAGAUUUUCCUGAUCCUAGCAAACAACUCCCACUAGGGGGUGCAGGUCACAACACCCAAUCAGGACAAACUAUCAUGAUCAGAAGAGGAAGCAACACUUGAGCUGUUCUUGCAAGUGAACUGUGAAAGAACUCAUAACUCCACACCGCUCCCACCGCUGGUCCCAUUCACUGCACAGCGUCACUGAAUAACAAAGCAGUCACAGUCUGCUAGCAGUCACAGUCUGCUGGCAUGCUUCUGAAGUGCUGUUAUCUCUCCAGCCACUCUCACAAGUGGCUCAGUACAACAUCUCUUGUGUAAGGAAAACCAAUCUGAUCAAAUUUGCUACUCCCAGAAUUGACCAUUUGAGAUAAUAAUUGUAGAUCCAAACAGGGGAAGAAUCCCAGUUAAGGAGAGUUGAGGAAUUAUAAGAAGAGGUGGUAGAAUCAGAUGACAGUAACCUUUUCUUUGCCAAAGUAUUUAAAUCAAUUGUUAGUGGAGGGAUGAUGAGUUUCCAUGGUAAUAUAUUUCCAGUUCUUUCAAGAGAAAGAGUAUUCACUUUACCAACUAUACUUACUGAAUAUAUUUCUCUCCCACCAUGAUAACUUAUCAUGAGUCAUUUUGAGGGAUUUUUUACUUUCCAAAAGGAUGAAGACCUUCACUACAGCCAACAACAGGCACUAGAAGAAGCUGUUGUUCAGUUAUGCAGAAGAACAUAUCUGACAUUGUUUCACUGAUUUCUUCACAAGUCUCUUAAUGGUCAUUUGUGUCACAUCAGACUAGUGGAUAACCACUGGUAUUCAUCGGUUCUAAUUCUGCUUCUUUUCAUAUUUGUUCAUGACAGUCACAGUGUAAAGUAUACACAGCUGUGACUUGAUUUGAAAGAAAAUGUUUUAAGAUGCAGCAAACUAAUAUGGAACAAUUAAAAUGUAUCAGGCUAUUGUG